AUGGCUCCUGCAGCCAAUGUCCAUUCCGCGGAUUUCUACGAAGUCCUUGGUGUGCCCCGAGAUGCCAGCGACGCGGACAUUACAAAGGCAUAUCGGAAGCUGGCUCUGAAACACCACCCGGACAGGAAUACUGACAGGAUGGAGAAAGCCAAGGAGGAGUUCCAACGAAUUGGCGAAGCCUACGAGGUCCUGCACGACCCUGAAAAAAGGAAGAUGUAUGACCAGUACGGAAAGGAGGGUGCCGAUCACGCUGGAGCUCCAGGUUUCCACGCUUCUCCAGGAUUUGGAACCGGCAUGACCCAAGAGCAAGCACAGCAGAUCUUUGAAAGCAUUUUUGGUGGACGGGGAAUGCCACAGGGCUCCUACAUGUUUGCUGGGAGUGGCAUGGAUGGCAUGGGAAUGCCUGGUAUGAGCAUGCCAGACAUGGGCGGCGGCAUCGACAUGUCGGAGAUGUUCAUGUCCAUGGGUAUGCCAGGAGGUGCCACAAGCUCACGCUCAAGGCGUCGCCCUCAUGAACAAUGCACCAUCCCUGCUGGACAACAGGUGACUAUCCACGGAUUGUCAAGCUCUGCCGCACACAACGGGAAGACUGGCCAAAUCCGAGGCUUUGAACAAACUCGCAGCCGCUACGAAGUCCAGCUGGACGAUGGCACCAACAUAUCGGUCCGCCCCGAGAACUUGACACAGCUUUGCACAGUGACUGUUCAUGGCCUGACCAGCAAACCGGAGCUCAACGGUCGAUCCGCACGAAUUGUGGGCAUGGACAGUACGAGUGGACGGUACGUAGUUAUGGCGCAGGCCGCAGCUCCGACGGUGAUACGUCUGCAGCCGGCUAACUGCAUCCUCAAUGUCGGGACGUGCGUGCGCCUGCGCGCCCUGAACCGAGGGGAUCUUAACGGCCAGAGAGCUCAGGUCCUGGAUGUCGACCGCUCGGCCGGUCGAUAUGAAGUCCAGCUGUCUGAAGGCAGACAGAUCAGAGUAAAGUUUGAGAAUGUCGUGUGCUAA